ACCCCUGGUGCGCUUUAGUUGGAGUGUGCAGAGAAAUGGCGAGUGCUUCGUUCUUUGCCUUUCGCUUCACUGCACGAAGAUGUCUCCAUAUCUACCCUAGACCUGCAGGAGGUACAGGCCCUGGGCGCACUCGGAACUUUAUUGUACCGUCUUCCUCUGCCUGGUCUCAACUGCCAAGGAACUAUGGCAAGUGGGCAGGAUAAUCUGGUGGUGUCCAAGUCUACACUGAAUAUCUCUCUGUCAGUUAGGAACUACUCUACCAGUCCAGUGGUCCAGGCCUCAGUUGGGAGACACUGGUACAUUGAGAGACUGGCGUCAGUGGGCCUGCUGGCCCUCAUCCCAGCUGGUCUGGUCUACCCCAACCCGGCCGUCGACUAUGGUCUAGCUCUCCUUGUUCCCCUUCAUGGGCACUGGGGUCUGAUGGCAGUGGCCAAAGACUAUACUCCAGAGAUCCUGAUGCCGGCGGCCAAGGGUCUCGUUUACAUCCCCAGCAUCGGGACCUUCGCUGGACUGAUGUAUCUCAACGUGAGGGACGUGGGGAUAUGUGGAGCAGUUCGGGCGGUGUGGUCUCUGUAGAGAUGGUUCUCUGCCAGCACACUAACUGUAUGAGGAACUGUAGUCCCUUUUUCGUGUCAUGACUUUUAGCACCAUCUCUGCUUCUCUCGUUCGUGUAGACAAUAAUACAUGACGCUGUGAAACGCCAAUUAUUUGCUGCGUUAGGCCACGGAAAUACACUCAAUUUGUGCAAUGAAAAAUCAUAAUCACAAGC